AUGCACAAUGAUAGACCUUUUGGAGGAAAGGUCAUUGUUUUUGGUGGUGAUUUCCGUCAAAUACUGCCAAGUUUGCCAAGAGGUAGUCGGUCUGAUAUUGUGCAUGCAAGUAUAAAUGCAUCAUACAUAUGGGACCAUUGUCAAAUUCUUAAAUUGACAAAGAACAUGCAUUUGCAAACCAAUGCUGCCGGUACCAAUAGUGAUGACCUAAAACAAUUUUCUGAUUGGCUACUAGACAUAGGUGAUGGCAAACUUGGGGAAACUAAUGAUGGUUAUGGCAAAAUCAGCAUUCCUGAUGAGUUUCUUAUCAAGGACUUUAAUGAUCCUAUCCAGGCAAUUGUUGAGACAACAUAUCCUAACUUCUUACAAAACUAUGGCAACAGAGAUUUCUUGCAGAAAAGAGCUAUUCUAGCCUCUACAAAAGAUGUUGUUGAUAGUAUAAAUGAUUAUGUCAUGUCUUUGAUACCCAGUGAGGAGAAAGAGUAUUGUAGUGUUGAUAAAUCCGAUCAACUACUCAAUUCUGCAUUUGGAGUUCUAACACCUGAAUUUCUGAACUCAUUGAAAACAUCAUGA